UAAAGAAGAAGAAGAAUUAUUUUAAACUGGUUUGUGUUUAACGUACAUAACAAAAAACUUGAAUAAUAAAUGUAUGUACGUUGAAAAAAUUUAGAAUUGAAUACGUUUUUCCAAAAAAAAGGGAGUUUGAAAGGUUGUGAUAUAGUAUUUUUGUGGUUAUAAACAGAAUAAAUAUAUAUUACUUUACAAUGAAUACCCUGACUUCAGAUAUGUCUUUAAAUAAUAGCUCAGGGAUUAGUUUUUUAUGUGAUUGGUCAAAUUCUUGGAUGGCACAGGAACUAAUGAGUACAAGACAACAAGGCUUACAAGAUUUAAUAUUUCUGAGUGAAGAAACAAAUUUUAAUUGGUCUAAAAAAUCUGAUCAAUAUAAGAAAAUGAAGAAUAAAAUGAACAAGUCAAUUACAAAAUGGAGGGAAACAAAAAAGGAAUUUGAUGAUAACUUGAAUUAUUAUGAACAAAAAUUAAGACCUGUCAUGGAAAAUAUAACAGAGAAGCAAAAUGAAUUGAUUCAAUCAUAUAAAAUCCUCACUGACCUAAUAACUCAACUCAAGGAAGAAAAAAGAAGUAAAACUGCCGAAUUAAAAUUGGAAAGUGAAGCAAAUCAAAGAGCGCUAAAUCUGUUUAGUAAUUUUGAUAUGAAAGUCAACAUUGGAAAUAUUUCUGGAGAUACAAUUAUGGCAUCCGUAACUUUCGGAUUUUCUAAAGAGACACUGCCCAUUGAAGUAGUUGUUGAUGCACUUAAAAGAAAAAUAAUGAACAUAAACUUUAGAAGUUCUUCAAAUAAACCUUCACUUGGAGAUGCUUCUGGCCCUAAAUUUUUAUGUGACUUUCGAGAAACUUAUGAAAAAUAACCUAAACAUUUUUAUCCCUAAUGAUAUAUUUAAAUUUGGUUAGUUGACUUUGCUAGUAUAUCGAAUUGGGAAAAAAGUAUUUUUUAUAAACUGGAUGUUCAACUUCCAAUGUAUCAAUUAGCUGGAAUAUAUAUUGAAUAUGAUUUUA